AUGUCUCCAGUCCAUCUGAUCUUCUUCUUCGUUGUUUCAACGAGACAGAUGGCAUUGUCUGCCACCAUUGAUGACUUAUAUCGUCUUCGUCAUCACCUAUUCGUCAACUACACCUCAGAUGUAAGGCCGUUACUAAAUCAGUCACAACUUCUACAAAUGGAUGUCAGUUUCCGAUUCAUGAGAAUCCAUCGCAUUGACAACACACAAAAGGAGUUCUCCAUCCGCGGACUACUGUCCCUUGCUUGGAAGGACGAGUUCCUGUCUUGGAAAUCUGCUGAAUUUGGAGGUCUGGGACACUAUCACCCGAAGAAGGGGGAGAUCUGGAUUCCAAGCAUUCUCAAUGAAGACGGUGUUGGAAACCAAGAGGUUAUGGAGACGAUAACAAGGCGUGUGUUGUACAAAAACGGAUCAGUUGUGGUUCAUGUUCCUGGGUAUUUCUCAACCUUCUGUUAUUUUGACAUGACGUAUUUCCCGUUUGAUAGUCAGAGUUGUGAAAUCAAACUGAACUCCUUAGAUUAUUUUGCUGAAGAACUGGAAUUCCGUCUUGUUUCUAAACAAGUGACAAAAAUUGGGAAAUAUAACACAGAUGCUGAAUGGACUGUGGUCUGGGCUACUAUGACAAGUAAACAAAUAGCCAUUCCUCCACAGAGCUAUACCAGUGUUCGCAUCUUGUUCCAGUUAAGCAGAAAGCCUUUGUUUGCCAUCUUGAACAUCGUCAUCCCCAUCGUCACCAUCUCCGUCCUCAGCAUGAUGGUGUUCCUCGUCCCCGUGGAGUCUGGGGAGAAGUUGUCCUUCUCACUGUCAGCGUUGUUGUCACUGGCAGUCUUCAUGAGCUUCAUCAGUGAACAGAUUCCUGCAUCGUCGGAGAAACCGCCACUGCUGGUCAUCUACCUGACGUCGAUGGUUCUGCUGAAUGCUAUGUCAGUCGCCAGUACAGUUCUCGUCUUGCUAUGCCAUCACCGAGGAGCUUCUACCAAGGAGCCCAAAGAAUGUAACAGUUCAUCCAACCCGAAUACCACUGGUAAUGUGAUGGAGAAACCUGGAAUACUAAAUUCGUUGAUCGGCUGUGGGAAGAAUAAGAAACAUAUGUCAGCCACCCGUGCCUUGAACAACACGCUGCUUCUGCUGUUUAUGGGAGUUGUGAUUGGAAUUACUAUUGGUGUCAUGGCCCGAAUGACGAAUAACAACUGA